AUGUACGGAAAAGGGGUCGUUUCUUUACGUUAUCCAAUGCAAUCACUCAUCCAUUUCUUGAUUAAUGAGAUAAGAUUUUACGACGGGAGCUUUUAUUUGGCUUCUAAAAGGGAUGGGAGUGUUCUAGCUCAAGGGAUUCCAAACACUCGUAUGAUCUUAGCUGGCGAUCGAGUGGCGUUUCAGUUAUUAAGCGAAGAUGAUUAUGGAGUUAGCGAAGUCGGAAAUCUCACGUGCCAAUCAUAUGAUGACAGCACGUCAAGAAACUAUGUAUUGAGCUUUUCGGGGAUAGAGUAUGUGAUUAAUUGUUCGCCACUCGACAUCGCCGGACUCCCUUUGGUGUAUGCAUUGGCUAUGCCACACGAGGGACUUUCGAGCUUAGUACACAAGAACAUAAAAUUGGCAUUCGUUCUGUUAAUGCUAAUGAUUGGCGUUGUGGUUAUUACGAUCUUGACAUUCGUGUAUCUCAUUGUCGAAGCUGUGAGAAGAGAGAUGCAUCUAUGUGGGGCCCUCAUAAGCCAAAUGGAAGCAACUCAACAAUCGGAGCGAAAGAGCAUGAACAAGAGCUUAGCAUUUGCAAGCGCAAGCCAUGACAUAUGUGCUUCUUUAGCAGGGAUAAACGGCCUGAUAGAAAUAUGCACGAACGAGGUUUCGAAGUGGGACCCAGUUAGAUCGGAAAUACCUGCGAAUCUACUACAAAUGGAAUCUUGCACGAGGGAUCUUUUGGGAAUCUUGAACUCGACUCUCGAUACGAGUAAGAUAGAGGCAGGGAAAAUGCAGCUCGAUGAGGAAGAGUUCGACUUGGAGAAACUAAUGGAAGAUGUGGUUGAUUUGUACCACUUGUGGUUUACGUCGAACGGGCAUGUGGUGGUUCGAGUUUGGGCUAAAAAACCGAGUCUUGAGAGCGGGAUUAUUACUUCGAACAGAAGCAACUCGAUGAGGUGUCUUUUGUGCUUGUUCAAGAUCCAAAGAGCGUAUAGUGAAUCGGAAGCUACUCAAAGGGAAACAAAUAACCGCGUGGAGUUUGUUUUUAAGGUGAACGAUACGGGAAAAGGGAUUCCGAAAGAGAAGCAAAAAUCGGUUUUUGAAAACUACGUACAAGUCAAAGAAACUGCACUCAGUCAAGAAGGCACCGGUUUGGGGCUAGGAAUUGUUCAAUCUCUGGUUCGUUUAAUUGGCGGGGAGAUAGGAAUAGUGGAUAAAGAAGCGGGCGAGAGAGGGACUUGCUUCCGGUUCAAUGCAUUUUUCGAAACGGAUAAUAAUUCUUCUCCGAGUGCUGAUAUCGAGUCUAUUGGCCAUGACUUAUUUCACCACUCGGGUACUAGUUUACGUACCCACAGCCUGAAAAAUAAAGGCUCACAAGUCCUGCUCUUGAUUGAUAGUCCCGAAAGAAGCACUCUCUUGCAAGGUUUCAUGCACAGAAUCGGGAUUAAAGUACACGUUGUGAAGCAGUACGAACAACUCUCUCCAUCUUUGAAGAGGAUCAAGCGGAAGCUGAAUUUAUCCUACUACAGCUCUUCGGGAAAAUCCACUACUUCUAGUGCACGUUCAAAAAAAGAGUUCCCCUUGAGUGCUCUAGAAGGAACGGACAACGAGAUAAGUAGGGUUGUGGCUGAAUUUAGAAGGGACUUGAGUGAAAAUUGUUGCAGUAGAGUUGUUUGGCUUGAUAGUUUACAAGGGAUUGAUGAGGAUAAUCUGUCACCGUUGGAUUUAGUCAUUUCGAAGCCGCUUCACGCGUCCUGCUUGUAUCAGACUAUUGGGCUUUUACCUGAAUUCGGGGGGCUGCCGCCCCCAAGAAAGGGAGAAGCUUCACACAGUGUUGAAAACAUUCGACGUGGAAAUGAUGUUGCUAGUUCGGAUGGGGGGGCAAAUAAGAGUUCUGUGAAGGGAUCAAAGUGUGAGAUUGAGGAAGUUGGAGGGGCAAACAACAAAAAGAAGCUGUUGCUGGGGAGGAAAAUACUCGUGGGGGACGAUGAUCCGAUCAGUCGAAAGAUUGCUACUUUCGUGGGUGUGCAGCUUGGUGCAAGUAUAUUUCCGUGUGAAAACGGAGAAGAAGCUUGGAAAGUAGUCUGCAAGAGUCUAGACGAACGAAAGCAUGUUGGAGCUUCGGAAACUUUAUUCCCUUUCGAUUGUAUACUAAUGGACUGUGAGAUGCCGGUGAUGAAUGGAGUCGAAGCAACGGCAAGAAUCAGAAAAGCAGAGGAAAGUUACGGUGUUCGUAUACCAAUCAUCGCACUAACUGCACACAAGAAGGGGCAAGAGAUCGAUAAUAUGAUUCAGGCUGGAGUCGAUGGUUACUUAACCAAACCACUCAACAAGGAUGUUUUCUUGAAAACUACUUCUGAAAUUAUUUGCAAUGUAUGA